AUGGUCUUAAACCUUUCUUUCAUGGGCCUUGUAGGUACCAUUCCUCUGCAUAUCGGAAACCUUUCAUUUCUUGUGAGCCUAAGCAUCGCAAACAAUAGUUUUCAUGGCUCAAUCCCAAUUGAGUUGUCUCAUCUUACUCGGUUGAAAUUCUUUGACUUUGGAUACAAUGAAUUCAAUGGAGCAAUUCCAUCACAGAUGGGAUCGCUAACUAAACUUAGAAAAUUGUAUCUUAAUGAAAACAAUUUCAUAGGUACUAUUCCACCAUCUCUAUCUAACAUAUCUUCAUUGCAAGUUAUUGCUCUUGGAUACAAUCAACUUUCAGGCACCAUACCUUCCUCUAUCUUCAAGCUAUCUUCCUUGCAAGAAAUUUAUCUUGGAGCAAACAAGCUUUCAGGACCGAUAUCCUCCAUUUUCUUCAGCAUAUCUUCACUACAAAUCAUUGAACUUGGCAACAAUAUGCUAUAUGGUGGACUAUCUACAUAUAUGUUUGAUCAUCUUCCCAAUCUACAGUAUCUUUCUAUUUAUCGUAAUCAAUUGUCAGGUGAACUCCCGAAAAUAGAAAAUUUAACUAUGCUUACAGAGCUAUACCUUGAUGACAACAACUUUGAAGGAAGACUACCCCCAGAAAUAGGAAACUUAACCAUGCUUAUGGAGUUAUACCUUAGCUACAACAACUUUGAAGAUGAAGAAAUGGUUGCACAUGUUGCCGAUUUUGGUAUGGCUAAACUCUUAGAUGAUAGGGACUCUCUGAUGCAGACCAUGACUCUUGCUACUUUCAGGUACAUGGCACCAGAGUAUGGAUUAGAAGGAGUUGUUUCUACAAGAGGCGAUGUGUAUAGUUAUGGCAUUCUACUAAUGGAAACUUUCACAAGAAAGAGGCCUACGGAUGGCAUGUUUAUUGGAGAAAUGACCUUGAAACAUUGGGUAGAUGAAUCACUGCUCACUUCAAUACUCAAUAUUGUUGAUGCCAAUUUGUUGAGAAAUGAAAAAGAACAUACUGCCAUGGAGGACUGCAUAUCUUCAGUUAUGAGAUUGGCUUUGGAUUGUUGUGCAGAGUCACCUACACAAAGAAUUUACAUAAAAAAUGUUUCAGCAACACUGAAUAAGGUCAAAUUAAAGUUUGUACUAGAUGGUAGAAGAAGCUAA